AUGUUACUUGCAGAUCAUUUGAGGCUGGUGAAUGGCGUCAGCCCGUGUGCCGGGAGAGUGGAGGUCUACCACGAUGGACAGUGGGGCACAGUGUUUGGCUAUGGCUCUGGUGACGAUGGUUGGGAUAUGUUGGACGCGGCUGUGGUGUGUAAGGAGUUGGGCUGUGGAGCCGCGCUCUCAGCAUCAGGAGACGCUCACUUUGGCGAAGGCUCAGGUCCCGUUGUGACAUAUGACGUUCAGUGCAGAGGGAGUGAGUCUACUCUGAGGGAUUGUCAGUCACAGUCCUGGGGUCACGGUUCCUGGUCACACGCCUAUGAUUCCGGCGUCAUCUGCUCAGGUAAACAGUGGCAUUUACGGUUAGAGAGCGGUGGGAGCCGCUGUGAUGGGCGAGUGGAGAUUUAUCAUAACGGCACUUGGGGCAGAUUGCUGGACGAUUCCUGGAAUAUAUCAGAUGCCGAUGUCAUCUGCCGACAGCUCAACUGUGGCUCUGCCAUUUCAGUCUACAACUCUUCCCAGUACGGGGAAGGCAGUGGACCUGUGUGGAUCAAUAAUGUUCAGUGUGCGGGAAACGAGACGCACAUCUGGAACUGCCCACAUUCCACAGUGUCUUCAUACUCCGGGAGCAGCAGUGAUGUGGGAGUGCUUUGUUCGGAUCACAUACAGCUCAGGCUGGUGGACGGUGGCAGUUCCUGCUCUGGAACAGUGGAGAUUUACCACAACGGAAACUGGAGGAGAGUGCGCGAUCAGUUCUGGGAUUUAAGCGAUGCGAAUGUGGUUUGCAGACAGAUGGGCUGUGGUCCUGCCAUGAGAGCCUAUAACUCCCCAGUGUACAGAGAAGGUGAACGGUCCCCAUGGCUGAAGGAUGUUCACUGUCAAGGAAAUGAGACGAAUCUUUUGAAGUGCAAACCGUCCAGGCGAAACCAAUCAACUGAGAAGAUGAGUGAUGUUGGAAUCCAGUGUUCAAAAGAUGUUCAGAUCAGACUGAUGGACGGUGGGAGUUCUUGCGCUGGGAGAGUGGAGAUUUUCUACAAUGGAACCUGGGGGACGGUGUGUGAUGACUCCUGGGGAUCACUUGAGGCGGAUGUUGUGUGUAAACAGCUCGGAUGUGGACCUGCUGUUAAUGCAUCAGCUGCUUCCCCUUGUGGGCCAGCUUCAGGCCCUGUUUGGUUGGAUGAGGUCAGAUGUUCAGGAAAGGAAUCAGCUCUCUGGGAAUGUCCCUCUUCUCCAUGGGGGCAGCAUGACUGUGAUCACAAAGAAGAUGUGAGCAUUGUGUGUACAGAACACAAGGAGCUGCGGUUGGUAAAUGGACAACAUUCCUGUGAGGGGAGAGUGGAAGUGUUUUACAAUGGGACUUGGGGAACUGUUUGCUCGGACUCCAUGAGGCGCAAAUAUGCUGAGGUGAUCUGCAAACAGUUAUAUUGCGGAGAAGCUGUGGCUGUUGAUGAUAGUCGUCAAUAUGACAGAGGAUCUGGACCUAUUUGGCUGGACGACAUAGUGUGUAAUUCGCAGGAAUCCUUCCUGUGGCAGUGCUCUUCGCCACCUUGGGGAGAACAUGACUGCGAUCAUACAGACGACUUACGUGUAAUUUGUUCAGGACAGGAGAUGCGGUUGGUUGGAGGAAGCAGCAUUUGCUCGGGGAGAGUUGAGAUACGGAGCAAUAAGACGUGGGGGACGGUGUGUGACGACUCCUGGGAUAUCCGAGAGGCCGGUGUGGUGUGCGGACAGCUGGACUGCGGCCCGGCCGUGCGGGCUGUGGGACAGGCGGGGUUCGGACAAGGCGCUGGUCAGAUAUGGCUGGACGAGCUUCACUGUAGAGGAAGCGAAUCCUUUCUGUGGGAUUGCGUCUCCGCAUCCGCGGGUCGCAGCGACUGCGUUCACAAAGAAGACGCCGGUGUGUUUCGAAAGUGUGACUACCACAUGUUGUACAACAAUAAAAUAACAAAUGUUAUGUCCUUAACUUGCAAAGUCCAGCUGAUCAACAUACCGUUCGUGCUCUGCAUCGUCCUUGGAAUCCUGUUAGCAGUGGUACUGUUUGCACUGAUUGUACAGAUGGACAGUAAUUCUUCAGGAACAGAGGAAAAAUAUCCGUCUGUUCGUUUGUAUCAAGCAAUUUAUGAAGAAAUUGAGGAUCGGCCGAUCAGAAGAAGACAUUUCGAGGCUGACUCCACUGUCCCAGCGAAUAUCUAA